GUCAUCAUUUAUUUAAAGAUAGACAUUACAAAUGAAUGAAUAUUCAAACUAAGAAAACGUAAACAGCAUAACAUUAAUAAAUAAUAAAGUAAACAAUGAAUGUGAAUCUGCUCAGAUGGAUAUUUAUAAAUAUUAGACUUUUUCCAGUUAUUGGAAAAUUAUCGAUUUUAAUGGAUAACAUUGACGUAACUGAUGUGCUAAUAGAUCCAGUUAAGAUGUUUGAAGGUGAUAGUCUUGUUCUAGAAUGUAUGUCUGACAGAAACAACGUGACAAUUUCAUGGAACAGGAACUAUUUUAUCACUAUUAAUAAUUCUUUAGCAAUAAAAAAUGUACGACUAGCAGAUGCAGGCACAUACGUAUGUACAGGAACAGGUUCAGAAGAAGAUGAGAUGCAGAAUGUUAUUAUUGACGUUUUAUAUCCCCCAUCUUUCCCAAUAAUUGAGGGGACAGUUACUGGUUUCGUUGGAGAGCAAGUUACAUUGAAAUGCAUCUCUAAUGCCAAUCCGCCACCGACGUAUCAGUGGAGAGCUUCCAACCAAAAUGGACCCCUAUUAUCAAGGAAUCAGACAUUUCAAAUGACCAUUCUUGAGGAAAAUCAGCAUAUUGUUUGUGUAGCACAGUCACUAAUGGUUACAACACUUGGACGAUCUAGGAGUAUUCAAAUUUAUCGAGCAAUAAGUGUAGAUAGUUAUGUUGAGGCCAAUGUACUAAACAUAGAAAAUGGUCCAAGUUGGGAAGUAAAAGAAGGUGAAGACAUUAACAUUCUCUGUGCAACUGUUGGACAACCUGCGCCGGAUGUGUGGUGGACUAAAGUCGGAAAUGAAACUUUUUACUUUGAAGGUAACAGACUCAUUGGAUAUGACAUAGGCCAAGAUUUUGCAGGUGUUUAUGCAUGCAAUGUAGACAACACAGGCAUAUCGGUGAAUAAAACUGUUGUGUCUACAUAUGACACGAAAACAAUUCACUUGAAAAUGGCUAAAACUUUAGCGCAUGGAGACGUCUUUUCAGCUGCAGAAUGUAAAAACUACUGUAGAAGAAACUCAUCUGCCUUCGGUAACACCGGUAGAUAUAAAAACUUGACUUGGGACGGCACAAAUAUCCCAGACAAAAAUGAAAAAGAUUUAAUUAUAAUGAUCACCGCUGGUAUAGGAUGGGCAGCUUUAACAAUCGCUCUCUUCAUAAAUAUUUUAUGUUGCGUUUUCAAGAAGAGAAAGAAGACUGAUGAAGAAAAGGAGUCUGAGACUCAAACUGAUGAGACAUUAGAGAUGUUUGGAUACACAUACGCUCGAAGUUUGCCGGAAACACCAUCAUCUUACAUUACAGAGGUCAGAUUUCCAGAGAGCAUAUACUUGGAUAUAAAUAAUUGUGAUAUGUUAAGUACGGGACAGAUUGAUGACACAAAUAUUAGUCCGGUAGAAUCUUACCAGACAAUUUCGUCAGAAUCUACUUUUUUGAAACCGAUAUUCACAUCCAUUCAUACAAAUAAUUAUCUAUCUACAAGUAGACUGUAGUACUGUUGAAACUCGAUAUCUUGAACUCGCUUUUCUCAAAAUUACUGCUAUCUUGAAGACAUUUUCAAGUCAAGUGCACAAAAUAUCAUUUUAAGUCGAAUUUCGCUUAUCUCAAAUUCAAAUGCGCGAUUCCCUGGAAUUCGAGAUACCGAGUUUCAGUUGUAUUUGCAUUUUUACUGAUAAAUCAAAUAUAGUCAAAUUUAAAGACAAUGGAUUGUUUUGAAAACAGUUAUAUUUUUAUGUAUGAUAUGCAUUCCAUCCUAUAAGGUGAUAAUUCAAAUGAGCGGAAAGCAGGUAUAUAAUUAUAAAUAGUUGCUGCAUGUUACAUCCUGGUCAGGAUGGUCGUUAUGCACCGCUUAUCUGUCAAUAUAUUCACACGUUGUAAAAAAAGUUAUUUAUUUGUAAUGAGUGAUUGAAUGUAGUGGUAUAUUUAUAUUCAUCUUGAUGACAAAUACAAUGAUGAAUUUGAAAUUGUUAAAUUUCGCAUUAGUUAAACCGGCUGCUUUUCCCCAUUUAUCUGUUUGCGCAACUUUAUCCUCUUCAUCAAAAGACGAACUGUUUCUGAAACCAAUAAUAAGUUUUAAAUAGCUAACGUCAUCGCAUAGAAAUAUUUCUAAAUGGAAUAGAAUGAACAGCUAGAAGACAUGUGCUGCAUUGCACUUUAAAUAACCUCU